UUACAUAGAUAAGACACACAUUCGCCCAGAAACAAUGUGUUACGAAUUAACUUAUUAAAGCGAACUAUUAUAAUUAUUCAGUGUAUCGCUUGACUUCAGCGCGCAUGGAAGUCAGAGCAUAGUGCUCAAUAUAAAGUGGAGAAGUGCAAUUAAUAUUAGAAGCAUUAAAUUGCAAAUUCCUUUGUUCACCAAUUGGUUGUGAUAUUGAAGUGAUUAACUUUUAAAUAAGCCGCAUACAGUUCUGGACAACAAUGACGACUAGAAUGACGCAAAAUGAUGAUGAGGCUCUUUUGGUAAGCGAUGAAGAGGCUGAAGAGAGAUCUCCACAGCUGCUGGACGCCGCCAGCGUUGAGCAGGGUAGCCAAGACAACUCAUCCACGACGACGACAACACCUCCAAACGAAGAAGGAGGCCUGGGCAAACGCUGGUUCAUAUUGGAGCCGGCCGUAUUCCUAAUAUUUUUAGGACGUUACUUGAUUGGGGCGGUUUACCAAAAUCAAAUACUUUAUCAAACCUGCAUUAGUCUUAAAUACAAUGAGACACAGUGCAAGCCACUGCUCGGACUGAACAAGGAAACGCCGGAGGCACAAAUCAUUGAAGAAAUUGUACAGCCUUAUGUAUCGCAAAUUUUAAUGGCUACUUCGAUAUUUGAGAGUAUUAUACCCGCUUUUGUGAGUCUAUUCAUCGGACCUUGGUCGGACAAAUUUGGCAGACGUCCCAUACUCCUGACCACAUUCACAGGCUAUCUCAUAAGUGCUAUCAUUUUAACUAUCAUAACACUGAUUUCUACUGGAAGGCAUAUAAAUCCAUGGUGGUUCGUGCUUUCCUCAGUGCCUUCAGCGUUUAGCGGUGGCACCUGCGCAUUGAUCACUGGCAUCUACUGUUAUAUAUCGGAUGUUGCCAAGGAACGCAAACGCGCUGUCCGAAUGGUGCUAAAUGAAGCAUGGCUAUGUACGGGCAUGAUGUUGGGAAGCGUAGGCAGUGGUUAUAUCUAUUCUGUAACGAAUGCCUUGACACUUUUUUGUAUAGCAACCGGGCUCAUGUUGUUAGCCCUAAUAUAUGUCUAUGUGUUUGUGACUGAGAGUGUUCAGGUCAUAAAUAUACCCGGUACUUCACGCAUCCGAGAGUUCUUCAGAUUUGGGCUGGCAAAGGAUCUGGUCCGCACUUGUUUCCAAUCGCGUCCCAAUUUCGAUCGCUCUAUCAUUUGGCUUACCAUCAUUGCAUUAACAUUAUCUAUUUUUGUAAUGGAGGGAGAGAGCACUGUUAAUUACCUCUUUUUGCGCAAAAAAUUUCUGUGGACCAUCGAAGACUUUAGUUCGUUCAGCGCCGCACGCAUUGUUAUUCAAAUUGUUGGGAGCAUUUUUGGUAUGAUCGUGUUGCGACGAGUUCUCAAGUUCUCAAUCGUGUCUAUGGCCAUGCUGGCCAUGGCUUGCUGUGUUCUGGAGAGCACGGUCCGUGCGACCGCCGCCUAUUCGUGGGAGUUAUAUGUCGGUAUGACGCUGGGAAUGAUGCGCGGCGUUUUGGGCCCUAUGUGCCGAGCGAUCCUUUCCCAUGUUACACCUGGUUCUGAAGUCGGCAAAGUAUUCGCUCUGACGACUUCGCUGGAAUCAAUCUCGCCGCUAAUCGCUGCACCAUUAUACACGUAUGUUUAUAAUGCCACGUUACUCCAAUAUCCAGGGACAUUCAAUUUUAUUAGCGCGGGACUUUACUUUUUAUGUUACGUUUUGAUUACCGCAAUUUUCGGCAUACAAAAAUCCAUGGGCGAUUCCGUUGUCUACCAGGCUAUUGGCAGUUAGCCGGCAUAAAUCCAACCGGAUUUAGUUUAAUUUUAACAAAAAGUUCAAACCGAUUUACGUGUGAUUUAACAAAACAAAAAAGGAAACAAUUCCAUUUGCGUGUUCUUGUCAGUCAGGAAAUGUUUUAUAGUGUAUGCAUAUCGAAGUAUUAUUUCGUUUUUAUUUAAUUAGCAAUCGCUCGAAGCGUGUACAACACUAACUUUUUUAACUUGUAUUAUCUCCCUUAAUUUAUCUGUACCAGUGAAAAUAUCCACAAUACGUACCCUUUUUUGUUUUUUUAUAGUUGUUGACAGAGUUUUUGCAUAUACGCAUGACAGAGCGUAUUUUUGCAACACCUAAUAUCACUAGAAUGUUAUUCACACAAAAAUUAUAUGAAUAUUGAAGGCCGUUACCUGUGAAUAUGUAUAUAGGUAUAUAUUUAGCUUCCAAAUAACGUAAAAAUCUGUGGACACAUACAAAUAUAUAUAU